GAGGAGAUGGGAGGGAAGACUGCACGUGCCACGCCCGGCGGUACCCACUCCUGCCGAUGGCCUGAAGACUCGAGACAGUAUAUAAGCACCGCAAUGGACACUUUCUAAUCACACUUGAGUUUAGCACCUCAAUCACACUACAAACAUGGCCUUCAAGUUCGUCGUGCUCGCCGCCCUCGUCGCCGUCGCCAGCGCUGGCGUGGCCCCCAUCGGCUAUGCCGCCGCCCCCGCCCUGGCCAAGGUUGCCGUCGACACCGACUACGACCCGAACCCCCAGUACUCUUACAGCUACGACAUCCAGGAUGCCCUGACCGGAGACAGCAAGAGCCAGUCCGAGACCCGCAACGGUGAUGUUGUCCAGGGAUCUUACUCCCUCAUCGAGGCUGACGGCACCCGCCGCAUCGUCGACUACACCGCCGACCCCGUCAACGGAUUCAACGCCGUCGUGCACAAGGAGGCCGCCGUCGCCAAGGCUGUUGUCGCCGCCCCCGCCAUCGCUAAGGUCGCCGCUCCCCUUGCCUACGCCGCCCCCGUCGCUCGCGCUUAUGCCGCCCCCGUGGCCGCUUACGCCGCUCCCCUCGCCAGGGCUGCCUACUACCACUAAGAUCAUCCUCUCGCCUAUUUUGUAAAUAGUGUGUCAACCUAAACUGCUUCUCUAUAUUUAUUGAAAUCUCUUCACUCUCUUCCGAAUGCAUUUUCCUGCCUUCUUCACAAUCAAAUAAAAAAAGUUAAAAUUUAAAAA